CAGCGCGCCGUGUGACGUCACGGACGCAUAGUUAACUCGUCACUAGCUUCUGGCUUCUAGUCCCCAUAGCAACAGAUCGCUGCGAGCUCUUGUCUCAAGAGACCGAUCCGGGCUGCGACUCGACGCCCGUGACUCUCGGCCGGGGCCAAGAUGCGGAAGGGGAAAGGCGCGAAGCGGGGCAGGGCAAAAAAGGGGCCCAAGGCUGACUCGAAAGUGGAUAGGGAGUCUGUGGCUGAGCGGGCCAAGGCCAACACAGCACUAUGGGAAGCCCGGCUAGAGGUGACCGAGAUCUCCCGGGCCGAGUAUCGUGAGGCUGCACGCGUGCUGGCCAGGAACAAUGAGGAGCUGUCAUGGCAGCAGCACCGCCUGGAGAAGGACACAGUUGAGGUGAUCAGCUUUCUCAAGAAGCAGGAUUUGGAGAAAGAAGAGCAGAUUUCAAAACUGAAACAGCAACUGCUGUCCAUGAUCCAGUGUGAGCAGGGACUGCUUCACCUCCAGCCCCAGACAACUCUGGGAUAA